AUGAGAGCUACCUCUGAUGAGGAACCGAAAUCAAAAUCACAAUCAAGAUUACUAUCACAUCAGUUGUACUCUUCAGUUAUUCAAGCUGAUAGCGUAACAAAUGUUCGAUGUGAGAAUAGUUCACUUCCACCUGAUGAUGUUCCUGUUAAGUGGGUUCAUAGUGUAUUGGAAUCGUCUACUUCGUCAUCAUUGCCAUCUUUAUCCUCAACAUCUCCGGCUACAGUUAACUUAAUCAUCGAUCAAUCACCUGGUGUUCUACUUGCUAAACAUUAUGCAUCUAUUGCUGCUGGUCUUUCAAAGGCACGUCUUUCAGGUUUAGUUGUUUCGACAGCUUUAGUUGGUUGUGGUUUGGCGGCUUCUACGAGUUUAGUAUUACCUGAAUAUGUCGAACAUUGUUAUCGUACUACAAUGUGCCUGGCUCUUGGAACCAUGUUGACUAGUUCUGCUGCAAAUACAGUCAAUCAGAUUAUCGAAAUUCCGUACGAUAGUCAAAUGACUCGUACAAGAAAUCGGGUUCUUGUUCGCGGUUUAACAACACCUGGUAGAGCAACCCUUUUCGCUUUAGCUUGUUCUGCAUCUGGACUAGGAUUACUGUAUUUUGGUGUGAAUCCGCUUGUUACUGGAUUAGCUGUUGUAAAUAUGUUUCUGUAUACAUGUAUAUAUACACCAAUGAAACAAAUAAGUCAGGUGAAUACAUGGAUUGGAGCUUUGGUUGGUGCUAUACCUCCAUUGAUGGGUUGGGCUGCAGCUACUGGGCAGUUACAAUGCGGUUCACUAAUUCUGGCCAGCUUGUUAUAUGUAUGGCAGUUUCCGCAUUUUAUGGCACUCAGUUGGAAUAUGCGCGGGGAAUACUCUAAGGCUGGUUAUGCAAUGACUUCAAUAUUAAAUCCUAGUUUAUGUAAACGAGUUGCUCUACGUCAUGCAAUCGCUUCAAGUUUAGUUUGUUUAGCUGGUGCUGGUUGUAGUGCUAUUAGCUUGGGACCAUGGGCUGGUUGUGCACUUGGUAUAGGCUCACUGCCAGCUAAUGUAGGUUUGAUUUACUAUGCAUGGAAAUUUGCACAAACUGACUCAGGGAUUGAUGGAAGUUCUGCCGCUGCAAGACGUCUCUUUCGAGCAACAUUGUUUCAUCUUCCUGUAGUUAUGAUUACUGUGUUAGUUGGUGCUUAUUGCUCUAUUAAUUCUGGACACUAUUGA